AUGGAGCUGGCUCUGAGUUUAGGCGAUGCACCAAAGCACUUCUCUUUGCUUGACAACACUACAAAAUUACCCAACAAAGAUUCUGUUUGUUUAAGCAUAGCACUAGGAGGAGCUGGUACUUUAGCUGGAAAAUCCUCGAACGAAAGAAGGGUUUCCUCAGAUCCACCGGUUCAGCUCGAACUUCUUCCUUCAACACCGGUUCAUCGAUCCCAUCCUUCUUCACAUCUUCGAAUUCCAUGGCUCAACGAUGCACUUGGUAUGGAACGCGUAACAUCAGAGGAACCGACGAGGGCGUUUGAUGUGAACCGGUUACCGUUGCAGGCGGUGGACACCGACGACAGUGCUGCACUUUCAUCCCCAAACAGCGUGUCAUCUUUUCAAAUGGAUUUCUGUAUCAGAACCAGAAGAGAGAACGAGGGUGAAGGUGCUGACAAAACUAGUGAUGAAGAAGAAAAUGGCUCAACACGAAAGAAACUCAGACUCUCUAAGGAACAAUCAGCUUUUCUCGAAGAAAGCUUCAAAGAACACACCACUCUCAAUCCUAAGCAGAAACUUGCUCUUGCAAAACAGUUAAAUCUUCGUCCUCGUCAAGUAGAAGUCUGGUUUCAGAACAGAAGGGCAAGGACAAAGUUGAAGCAAACGGAGGUGGAUUGUGAGUAUUUAAAGAGAUGCUGUGAGACUCUGACAGAAGAGAAUAGGAGGUUGCAGAAGGAACUUCAAGAACUGAGGGCUUUGAAAACUUCUCAACCAUUCUAUAUGCAGCUUCCAGCUACCACACUCACCAUGUGUCCCUCUUGUGAACGGGUCGCCACCAACACCAACGGAACCGCCGCUGCUUCCGCCACCAAUAAUAAUAAUAAUAAUAAUGUUUCUCAAGUCUCUGCCGCGUUAUCUCUUGGCAAGCCCAAAACAUUGCCAUUACUUAAUGGUCAAGCCCAGCCUCAACAGGCCCAGAAGGCCCAUCAGAUUGCUUCUUGA